AUGUACUUAACUUUCUCUGGAACUCACCUCUCCAUCCCUCGGGAAUCACUUCCCCCUACCCUGGAAUUCACCUCCCCCUCCCCAGGAACUCAUCUCCCUCUACUCUGGGUCUUCUCCUCUGGAAUCCCGCCAGUCAUCUCUUGGAAAUCACUUCCACUGGAACUCACAUUUCCUUCCCCUGGAUCUUACCUCCCCUACGCUGGAAAGCUUCCUUCCCUUUCGCUGGAACCCCCCUUCCAUUGGAACUCUCCUCCUCUUCCCUGGGACCCCCCUCCCAGUCCCUUGGAGCUCACCUGCCCUACAUUGGAACACCCUACCCCCUCUCUCGGAUCUCAUCUUCCCUUGCCUGGAACUCUCCUCCCCCUCUCUCGGAACUCACCUUUCCCCAACCUGGAACUUCCCUCCCCCUCCCCAUGGAACUCACCUUUCACUACCUUGGUACUCCCCUCCCCCUCAAUUGGAACUUACUUCCCCACCACUGGAACCCCACUCUGGAACUCCAUCCUCCUCUCUUGGGAAUCACCUUCCCACCCCGGGAACCCCACUCCCCUCUCUGAAAUGACCUCCGCUACCCCUUCCCCUAGAGGUCACCUCCCUCUCCCCUUCCCCGGAAACCCACCUUCCCCCAUACCCCUCCCCCAUCCCACUGGAACUCCUUCCAAGUAA